CUCGCAGUAAUCUCCAGGGACGCAGACAGGCGGCCACCAGGGCUGAGGCAUUUUGUUGUGUCAACACAUACGUACACGCUGCCGUCGUUGCCGUUACCGUCGUUACCGUCUGCUGCUACCGGGGCUCCUCUCGACAUGAACCUCUUCUGCUUCAGUUUGGAGGGUUCGACGGACAGUCUGUACCGGCCGGCGGAGCACAGCAAUGGCUCCCAGGACAGCGGCAAGCUUCCCAGCAAGCCGAGCAGCCCCAGGCCUCUGCGGGAGAGUGCCAAGUGGCGCGGCUCGGAGCCCUGCAUCGCCACGGUGGGCGUGAAGGAACAGAGUCGCACAUCAAGUUUAAAGAAGGCUAAAAGAAGGUCACACAUAGUUGAGGGGAGGUUAUCUACAGCCAACGAGGCUCUAGAUAUUCCAGAUUGUAGUAACGUGUACUGGCAGGCUUCCAGACAGAAAGAGGUCUGGGUUCAAACCAAGAAUGGUCAGAAUAAAGUGAUGGACAAGGACCUCCUUCAAGCAAGACUAUUACCUGAGGAAGACAAAGUCCGACAGCUCACCUUAGAGAGGAGAGAGAGAGGUCAAACUAUCCCGAUGGUGAACUUCGAGGCCUGGAACCCGAACCGGGAACCCUCAGAGAGUCGGGACGUGGCCUCGGAGGCAGAGGGGGAGGCGUCGGAGUCGCGGGGAACACUGAAGAAGAUCCAGAAACUGGUGCGGGUGAAGAGAGUGAGCCAGAACAGCACGGAGGAGGGGAAGGCUCUCCCGGACACAAGCGACAAAGGUCCCACAACAGAUGUUGUGCUUAAGGAGGACAGUCCCGUCAUCACUUGCAUUGGCCUUGGCAAGAAGCCUGAGCGGAAACCAGGGAAGGAACUCACACAUCCGCAUCAGCAUCAAAAGCAUCCGCAUCAGCAGCAGCAGCAGCAGCAUCCGCAUCAGCAGCAGCAGCAGAGUAGAGAACGCUGCAGUGUUGCCAUGGACACCCUGGAGUUGCCCUGGACUCCCAGGCUUCCCCAGCAGCACCAGUGGAUAAGCCCUGAGAUCAGCCCUCUGCCCUGGGACAGCACCUACCACACCUGCCAGAGGCCGCGGCCCGACCCGCACCUGUACAGCUUCGACUUCACGCUGCCGCGCGGCACCACCCGGGAGAGGUACGAGAGCCUCGUCCAGGAACUGGGCCGCGGGCGGGGGGGCGGGAGCGGAUGCGAGCAGGUGACCCCCCAGCGUGUCGUCCACUCCCUCGCCCACCUGGAGAUGACCGACACCAUGGUGAGUCUGAGUUAG